AUGGGAGAUUACCACUUCGUGUACAAGGAUGUUGAAGGAUCCUCAACGCAGUGGGACGACAUUCAGAGAAAAUUAGGGAACCUCCCGCCGAAGCCUGCGCCGUUCAAGCCUCCGGCUUUCACCUCCGCCGAUGACGAAGAUUCCAAGGAUAAAGACAAGGCAUGGAUAGAUGAGAAAACAGAGGAAGAGUUAGAAGAUCUUGAGGAUGAUCUCGACGACGAUCGCUUCCUCCAAGAGUACAGGAAGAAGAGAUUGACGGAAAUGAGAGAAGCGGUCAAGAUUGCCCGGUUUGGUUUGGUGGUUCCAAUUUCAGGAUCAGAUUUUGUCCGUGAAGUUUCACAAGCUCCUCCUGAUGUCUGGGUAGUCGUGAUGUUGUACAAGGAUGGAUUUCCAGAGUGCCGGCUGCUUUUGGAGUGUAUAGAAGCACUGGCAACAAGAUAUACUGCAACAAAAUUUGUCAGAAUUAUAUCCACAGAGUGCAUUCCUAACUACCCGGAUCGAAAUCUUCCCACACUGCUUGUUUAUAACAAUAGUGCUGUUAAGGCAACUUACGUGGGGCUCCAUAAUUUUGGUCAGAGAUGCACUCCCGAAAGUGUUGCUCUAGUUCUCUGCCAGACAGAUCCCGUGCUCAGUGAUGGCCAGUGUGGAGGAGAGCAAUCCCGACAAGCUGUUCUUGAUGAAAUCAGGAAGAAGUUUGUUGAGAGCAUUGUAAGAGAGCACGAAGAUGAUGAUGGAUCUUCAAGUGAUUAA